AACUCACGACUGGAACUCACGACUGGAACUCACGACUGGAACUCACGACUGGAACUCACGACUGGAACUCACGACUGGAACUCACGACUGGAAGUCGCAGCGACACGACAUUGUUGCCAAGGGGUAGGCGCAAUUCUUCGCGCCGCGGAUUCUGUUAGGAUAGGCGUUUCCGGCCAUAUCUGUAGAAACAGUUAAUCGGAGUGGAAGUCUCUCUGUGGACUCGACCCGCCUCCAUCCUCCUUCCCUUUCUUCCAUCCGCCAUGGUCGUGAGAACUUGAGCACCAACUUUGGAACAUUUCGCACGCAGGUUGUACAGUACAUGAGGACUUGCGCUGCGACGUGACUUUUGAGUCGACUCAAGGUGACUUUUGAGUCGACUCAAAAGUCACCUCGCUUUACAGUACAUGAGGACUUGAGCUGCGACUAAGAGUGAAGCUUGCGUGGCGUUGCUCUACUAGGCAUAACCUCGCCUCGAGUGGCGUCGUUACUGGUGGCUCUUAGAUGGCUCUCAGCUCGGGACUAGCCGCGUUCAGUAGCCUACUCUUAACUCGUCAACUAUCGCGGCGCGGUGGCGCGUGGCAGACGGCUCUCGGCUCAGUCAAAGCCGUCCGUCGUGGUCCAAGGCAACAGCACUUGUCAAGCGCUCCGUCGUUAGCAGGAGCCGCGGGGGCGUCCCCCUCAAGAUCCGCAGUGCGCGCGCGCGCGGGGAAGCGCGAGGCGGGGAUCGGCGCGCGGGGGAAGGGGGACGGGCGGAACCCGCUGCUGGCGGGGGUGGAUGCGGAGGAGCAGGAAACAGCGCGCCGAGUGCUGGAACUGGCCGAUCGCUCCCUCACAUCCUUCUCAGUGCUCCACUCCUCCUUCCUCUCGCCCGCUUCUCAAGCCGCCAUCAUGCCCAUCCUCUCCAACAUGGCUGACGUCUCCGCAGCCCUCUCCGGCGGCUACUUCCAGGCAGGGCGGCACCGAGUCCCAGUGGGGCCCACAGAGCUCAUGGCAGGCAGAGCGGUGCCGAGUGUCAGUGGGGCCCACAGAGCUCAUGACAGCAGAGGGAGUGAAUCUGGAUGGUAGUGGUGAUGCGACGGACGAUGCUCUAGCGCUGGCAGCAGGAUACCCAGGCGCCGUUGCUGCAAGUGUCAGGCCCAUUCAAGCACUCACAGGUCUCACAUGGUGACUUCUUGGGAGCAGUGCUGGGGACAGGGAUCACAAGAGACAAAGUUGGUGACGUCAUCCUACUGGAAGGUGAGGGAGCGCAGGUGAUCAUCAGUCCAGACCUGCAAGACUUCCUCCUCUCGUCGCUCACAGCUGUGCACCGCGUGGCAGUCUCUGUGCAGCCCAUUCCCCUGUCCGACCUCAAGGUCUCUCCUCCCAGGAUCGAGACUCUCCGCACGGUCGAGGCCUCCUUGCGCCUUGAUGCCGUUGCCAGUGCUGCCUUCCGCCUCUCCCGCUCCAAGUUCACCGACCUUAUUGCGAAGGGGGAUGUGCGGGUGAAUUGGAGGGAGGCAGCCAAGUCCGGUGUGGCGCUAAAGAGUGGCGAUGUGGUGUCGGUGCGAGGGAAGGGACGGUGCAAGAUUGGAGAGGUUACAACCACCAAGAAAGGGAGAUACGCAGUCGAGCUCACUAGAUAUGUUUAGUGAUAAGUGUAGGUAGGUCAGACAGAUGUUAUUCAGAUUUGCUGUCACCGAAACGAUUAAGGUGUAACAUCUCAUCGCCAACUGUUCACGGAAAACCAACAAGUUCGUGG